ACUGUCAGAUAUCAGUGUUGCCAAUAGUAUAUGUUUAUCAAUUUUAUUAUUUUUUUUUGAAUUAAUAUUCCUUAAUUCCCAUUUUACUGCUUUACCGCAACAAUUAUUUAUUAGUAAACGUUUUACAUUCAAAAUUAGUAAAUGUAUUAAAUUUAAAAACCGAAGAAAUUGAAAUAAUAAUUUACGGAAGUAUUACGAAAUUCACCACAGGAAACAAGUGGCGUCCGAAUCGAAAACCAUGUGCUGAACGAAAACUGUCAAAUUGACGGCAAAAAAAUCCAAACCUUUUAAAAAAGCAUAUAAAAAAACACUACCAGAUUGAUUUUUUGCAGUUCCGAUAAUUUUUUCAAGAAAAUGACAGAUUUGGAGUCUCCGAAAAAGACCAAUGAUUGCUAUUUUUACUAUUAUUCGACAUGUUCAAAGGGAGACAGCUGUGGAUUUCGACAUGAACCUUCUGCAUUGGGCUGCGAAACAAUGUGCGCCUUCUGGAAAGAAGGCAAAUGUUUAAAUGUACACUGUAAUUUUAGACAUAUGGAAUUGAGGAAAAAUCGAAAAGCAAUUCCUUGUUAUUGGGAGACUCAACCUGGGGGAUGUUUGAAGCCCCACUGCCCUUUUAUGCAUCAGAAAUCAGGAAAUAUAAAUCAGCGGGAUGAAAAAAUAGAUAGAACAGACAAUGGCUUACCUGAAAACUGCAACCAAGCUAGCAGUUUCAAAGGGAGUCUAUCGGGUGCAUCUGUUGACAGUUUAGUGGUGAAUUUCGAAGAAGAAUCUGACAACGAAACCACACCUAUAAAAUUACCAGUUAUAAAGGGGGGCACGCCUAAAGUGAAAAGUUUGGAUGAAAUAAAGUUGGAAAAAAUAGCAGCAGCGUGUGCUGCUUAUUACUCCUACCCAACCGAAGAACUUCCCAGCCAAUCAGCACAAUCAAACACUGGAGAAGACCUAAGAAAUAGAAUAAUCCAACGUGUAAACAGGAAACAGUCCAACUUACAAUUGGUGAAACGAAAAUUAACUUCAGAUGAACUAGCUCAUAUCCUUGGUGAUGAUACUUUAAAAACCCAAGAAAUCGAUGUUCCAAGAUUUAAUAAUAAACCCUCGUUUGAAAGGGAAAAAUCUCCAGAAUUUAAAAUCAAAUCUUUGGCUGAAAUCCGAGCAGAAAGGACCGUACAAUCCAGCAAAAGAUUUGACGAAACUGAAGAAAAGGAGAGUCCCAAUAAUGCGAAGAAACGAAAACAUUCUCCUAUAAGAUUGGAAAGAAACAAAAUCUUAAAAACGGAUUCCGGUCUGACAAAAGAAACUCUGGACGAAGCCGAGGUUACCAGUACAAGUACAGACGAACCUGACACUCCUACAGAAGAAAAACAACCUGUCAAGCCAUUGAGAAAACUGAAUUUGAAAAAAGUAAAAUCUGUUUCUGAAGAAGUUCAUAAAGAUUCACCUAAAGAGCUCAUGGACACCACAGAAUUGUCUGAUAAUAAACUGCAAAGAAGCAGUUCAAAUAAAACUUUAGAUGAAUCUGAACUUCUGCUGGAUGAUAAUGAUGAUGAUAUUAACGUUAAUCUGAAAGCAGAAGACGAGCUUCUGAAUGAAAUUGACAAUUUGCUUGACGACUAAUUUAAGUAUUCCUAAUGAGUAGUUCAAAUGUACCUUUGAUGGAAUAUAAGCCCUGAUUCCAAAUUAUGAGACCAAUCAAAUUUAUUUCUUUUAUAUGUGAAAGGGGUCUGUGUCUAAAGGUUUAUAUAAGAAACAGAAUUUAAAAAACUUAAAUCUUUCUCCGAUGAAGUUGGGUACUCUCCGAAAAAGUACUAGGAAGACUUCCUAGUACUUUUAGUUCCUAGUCACCUAAAUUUCUGCUUGAUGAUAACGAUAUUAACGUUGGUCUGAAAGCUGGAGACAAGCUUCUUGAGUCAUGUUAUAAAAUUGAAACAAUUUGCUUGAUGACUGAUUCAAGUAUUAAUUAUAGUAAGUAGUUCAAAUAAACCUUUCAUAGGAAUAGAAUUUCUGAUUCCAAUUAAUGAAAUCAAUCAAAAUUGUGUUAUCUGUGAAAGAAUGGUGCUUAAAAGAUUCAGUGUCCAAAAGGUUUAUAUAAUUUAACAUUUAGACACUGUAUACAAUUUGCCUUGAAUUUAGUUAUGCCUUUUUAAAAAUAUGAUCUAUAACGUAUAAAAAAUACACAUCAAAGACGCAUAAUUAAAUAUGAACUCAUAUAGUAGUUCAAAAGUAACUUUUGUUUAUAAAUAUUUAAGGAUUAAGAUGUCAAAUUAAUGUAAAUAGUUAUUACAUUUAUAAAUAAAUUUCGUAUAAUUGUUAAUUUAAAAGUCGUAGAUGACGACAAAUGUUGAAAUAAAAUGAUUUCUUAAA